UGUUUUUGUUUAAAAUCUUCCUCCCGGUUCGGACCCGGUUCUGUCAGACCCACCGGCUGCGGUCAACAUGUUCCUGUCAGGCAGCUCUGUGGGCACCUUGUUAUGGGUUUGGACCCCCCUUUUCCUGUGUCACCUGGCCCAGGUGUCGGCGCAGAAGUCUGGUUCCCGGUGGCUGAUUGGGGACAGAGACGGUCCCUGUGGGACGGUCUGCUCUCGGACUGUGGGGAAGCCGGUGUGUGGUUCGGAUGGACGGAGCUAUGAAACCAGCUGUGAGCUUCAGAAAGCCCGCUGCAGAGAUAAGUCUCUUACACUGGCACACCGAGGCAGGUGUCAAGUGAAAACUUUUCAGCUUCCUGCGGCUCCAGCUCCAACUUCUCCACCUGUAAAGAGACACUCAGAGGUCAAAGAUGUGGGUCAGUCAAAGUGUCGUACUGAGAGGAGUGAUGCUCUGGAACAGUCGAGGAGGCCCCACGAGUCCAUCUUUAUCCCAGAAUGCAACGGGGAUGGAACAUAUGCCCAGGUUCAGUGUCACACCCUGACGGGUUACUGCUGGUGUGCGAACACCGAUGGUAAGCCAGUGAGCGGCUCUUCUGUGCGCAACAGGACACCGGUGUGUUCAGGGUCAGUAACCGAUAAGCCAGCCGGGCCACCAACCACUGGGAAAAAAGAUGAUGGCUCCAAACCUACACCCACCAUGGAGACCCACACCCCCCCUGAGGAAACAACCGCUCCAACGCUCUGGAUGAAACAUCUGGGUUACAAGGAGAAUAAACAAAACAUCUCCACCACCAAAAAGCAAGAAAAAGGUCCUCCUUGCGAGCAGGAGAGACAGAUCGCCCUGGAUUCAGCUGGCCAGAGUCCGUACAGCACAGUUUUUGUCCCCGACUGCGGCGCUGGAGGUCUUUACAAGGCGAUCCAGUGCCACCAGUCAACGGGCUACUGCUGGUGUGUUCUGGUGGACACGGGCCGACCCAUUCCUGGAACCUCCACCAGGUACAAGACCCCCGAGUGUGAUGAAGAUGCACGAGCUCAAAUAAUGGAGAUGGAAGAUCCAUUCCUGGACAGACAGCUGACAGGCUGCCCAGAGGGGAAGAAAGCAGAGUUCAUUACCAGCCUGCUGGAUGCCCUCACCACAGACAUGGUGCAAGCCAUAAACUCACCGGCUCCCUCUGGUAGUGGGAGGUUUGUUGAGCCCGACCCCAGUCACACUCUGGAGGAAAGAGUGGUCCACUGGUACUUUGCCCAGCUGGAUAACAACGGUAGCCAUGACAUCAACAAGAAAGAGCUGAAGCCUUUCAAAAGGUACUUGAAGAAGAAAGCCAAACCCAAAAAAUGUGCCCGCAAGUUCAUCGACUACUGUGACCUGAGCAGGGAUCGAGCCGUUUCCCUGCAGGAGCUGAAGGGCUGCCUCGGAGUCGGCAAAGAAGGCAGCUCCGUAUCAAGUAGCGUCCAUGGGACAAGACAAGGACCAAACUUAUUCAUAGGGCGUCUGGUGUGAGAGGAAAAGUGUCCAGAUGAUAUCGGAGAACACCAUGGGAGGGCACAUCAAGAUGGAGCACAAAUAACAACAAAACCAGGAAAAAAAUGAAAAGCGACACCAAAAUAUUUGCACUUUUUCCUUUCUAUGACAUUUUACUUGUUUUGACAAGUUUUUUUUUGUUAAAGUGUCUGACCCUUUCAGGAUG